UUGUAAUGAUAUUUGAUACUCUYAUCAUCAUGUCAUCAUUACUCACUUUUUUCGUAGUGAGGAGCUGAGUAACCAUGCAAUGUCAUGCGAUCGAGGUUAUAUAUAUAUAUAAUGAUUGCUUCACGUUUUUCAUAAAUCAACGUUAGUCAUACAGUAUGGCGUUCUCGUCCGACGGUUCUGCGUUUACAGUGAUUUCUAAAGCAGGAAAUGUAACAAGACGUGAAUCAUUUAAUCGUAUCUCUGAUGUUAAAGAAGAAUUAAGUAAUUCGUGGAAUUCAAGUAUUGAUGGAGGAAAAAUUGGAAGAUCUUCAGUCUAUAAGGUACAACAAACUUCUUCGUCGAGUUAUUCAUCAACUACUGCAAGUAGUAAAACAGUAAGAACUUUUACUUCAAAGAAAACAGUCACUAAGAAACAAACAAAGACAGUGAUUUCUAAAACUGACAAAAACUCCACAGACAAAAAGAUACCAGAUGAUAAAGGCCUUGAGCUGGUAUCGUCCAAGAAUAAUUUCGAUAGUUUAAGCAGUGGUUCAUUUUUUAAAGCUAAGUACAAGGACAUGGACGGUGAUGACUUUUUCCGUUCAGCGAGUUCGAGGUUUUCAAUGAGAAACAUCAACGACACUUCCGGUUGGAACUUUGAUCUCGAUGAAGGUGCAUCAUUGUUCCCUGACUUCUUCCCUAAAAACGACGCAGCAACAAAACUAAGUUUUGAGGCAACAUGGCGAAGUGCAAGUCCAGUAAAAGAAAUUGGAUUAGCAAAGCAAGCCAUCAAAAAUUGCUCCUGGGAAGACGACGAAAACAAGGAUGCUAAACACAUAGUAAACUCCUGGAUGCAGUUUUUUGGACAUGUAAAUCCCGUUAAAAAUGGAUAAAGUUGAUACAUGGAAACAGACCACUAUAGAUGACUAACAUAACGUUUAUUGGGCUUUAUUCCACAUCAACAAUGAACCGUUUCCUUCAAAACAAAGCUUUCUUUAAGUAAAGGGUAUAAAAAUAUUUGUCAUAACAUCCGAUACACAAUCAGCUGAUCAAGAUAGUUCAAGGUUAGCGAUCGAUUUCUGAUUUAUAACCCUUGUCACAUAGCAAGAAACAAAAAGGUGCUUUUGCGGUUGCUUAUGAGUCUUAACACGUUCUAUCUAGAUUUUUCAAAGUGGUUUGCAUAAUGAACCAAAAGCCAUAAAAUUGUAGAUGUCGUACCCUAAGGUUAUAGACACACUCACUGUAAAGGCGUCAACUGGGCUAAUAAAAAUAUUUUUUAAUUGAACUUCCAGUAAUAAAAACGUUUUUGAUAAAUAUCCUACAUUAAAUCCUUAGGCAAGUCUAUUAAAAUUAUCGACUAUUUUAUAUAAAGAUAACCUUAAUAAUUCAAUGGCGCCCAUGAGGUAAACGGUAAACAUGCUUUUUGUGUUUUUUGUUGAUACUGAGGAUUAUUCAUGUAGUAUGUGUUGGUUCAUCUCGGGGUAAAGAUUUCCCACAAUGUCUGGUGAGGAGUUGGAUCUCGUUAAGCUUUUGAAAACAGUGAACUAUCAUAAACUAACAAUGGCGGCAGUCGGGAACUGCACAUAUGGAAGAUUAAUAAUUAUUAGUUUUAGGCUAGCGUGACCUACUUGCCUCGGUUUCGUGACAAAAUGGGUUGCUAUAUUUUCUUCUUAUUUCUAUUGCCUAAUCGUUGUUUUUGUAAUUUCUUAGAACUUGACACUAGACCAUCACUCCUAUUUCUUUCGCUUCAUGAUUGAUUUGCCUUGUGUUAAGUUCUUUGUUGACUCCGCGUAACUUAGCAACUAUAAAUAUUCCUUCAAACAUGUA